AUGACGCCGGAGCCCGAGAGCGCGCGCACCAACAAGUCGGCCGAGCAGCUUAGGUCCGAGGUGCGCCGAUGCCUCGGCCGUGCCAAGGGCCUGCCGCUACUCUGGCGGCUACGGGCCCUCGCGCUCUUCGGCCUCGCUUACCUCAAACUGGGACCCCCCGGUCGCCGGAAGCCCCCGAAAUCCCUACUCGCCGGUGUUCUCCUCGUCACCGCCGCCCUCGCCGUCUCACCCGCGGUUUGGAACCGGCUGCGCUUCGACCGCUGCCUGAUCGAGCAGCCCAGUAUGGCUCGCCAGCUCUUCCGGCCGGCCGAGGACUGCUCCGUCUGCGAGGGAGUGCGCCGCAUCGAGAAGCUGUCCAGCGUCGAUCCCUGGCUGUUCGAGGAACGGUACGCGUACUCGGGGAGGCCCGUCGUGGUGAGCGACGCCACGGCCAACUGGACGGCCGCGGGUGCGUUCUCCUUCGACUUCCUUAGGGAGCUGUACCGGGGGGGCCGGGCCGCCGAGUGCCAGUUCUUCCCGUACAGGACGGGCUUCCGGAGUUUGGAGGACUUUUUCAACAUGAGCGCGAGCAGGGCGCUCCUGCGGACAGGCAGCGAGCCCUGGUACGUCGGCUGGAGUAACUGCGACGAGGCGAUCGGCGACGUUUUGCGGCGGCACUACGACCGGCCGUACUUUCUGCCGGCGACCGCGGAGACCGAGAAGACCGACUGGAUAUUCAUGGGCAGUCCGGGUUACGGUGCGCCGAUGCACGUAGACGACGUCGAGUACCCGUCGUGGCAGGCCCAAAUACGGGGACGCAAAAAGUGGAUCCUGGAGCCGCCUCGGGAGUGCCACUACAGCUGCGAUCGGUUGGAAGUUGUCGUGGAACCUGGUGAGAUCAUUGUUUUAGACACCAACAAGUGGUAUCACCAAACCCUCAUCGUUUCCGAGGAUGUGAGCAUCACCAUUGGCGCCGAGUACGACUGAUCCAACGUUGUAAAUAUCAUGUGCUACAUUUAUACACAUAUUAUAUUGUUGUUGUUGUUGUUGCUGUUGUUGUUCUCGUGUGGAUCAAUGUCACAUAUAUAUUUCCCGUUGAAAAAUUAAAUGUUCCGAUGAUGUGCAAUGUAAAAUAAAAACUGAU